AGUUUCUUUUGUAUUAAUUAGUAACAUCUAGUUUCUGUUGUAAUGGAUAUCAGUGAAAGAGAAAAAAUCGUAGUUCAUGGUAUGCACCCGAUAUUUUCUCGCUCCGGAGUGCAAGCUUCACAUCUCUGAUCAUGUGACUGAGGAAACUAGAACUCAAGUAAAAUGACUUUGUCAACUAGUUGUUCACUGUAUUCCAAUAGUGUAGAAGAACUGCUAAUGGUAUUAUGAUAAUUCCUCGGUGAACAAGAAUUGACCAUUAGUUCUCAUAAUUAGAAGUCAAAGUUAUGCUUUUCCUGCAAUAGAUUUCAUAUUCACAUAUACAUGUUCGCAAAUUAUUUGAUUAAAAUUAAUGUGAAAACAAAAAAUAUUGUAGACAUGUGUUUGAUUUCAUCAAUUAUGAAAGUGUAGGGAAACGGAAAAGGAAUUUCUAUUCCUCAGCUCAUAGACUUUCGUUGAGAAAAUAAUUCGUAUGAAUAAAUUAUUUAAAUAUAUUUGUAGAAAUAUUAUUAUUUUAAUAAUUAUAUAUUUUCAGAAUACCAUAACAAAUCUAUUGAUGAAAAUAGAGUACGAGCAGAAAUACUUGCUUGUCUAAUUUCAAUGCCAAUUCAACUGAUUUAUCUUCGAAUCGAACAAUUUGAAUGGCUUUUGCACAUAGUUCAAUAUGUAAGUAGUUAAUCAACUCUUUACCUGAAUAUCUACGUUUGUGAACAUUGAUAUAAUAAUAAUUGAACAAAAUUAGAAAGUUUGAUCUAAAAUGAACUCUAUAUUGGUCGUGAGAAAAUUCAUGAAAAUGUAGUGCUAAUGGUUUUGAACACGAAGAAGAAGGGAAAUGAUAUGAAAACAGUUAUUUUUGCUGAAAAGGAUGUCUUUUGAACGUUUGAUAGAGUUUGUGACAAGCAAGAAAAUAAUUAAAGGAUAUCUUUAAAAAAUGGAUUUGAUUUCCUUGAAGCUUUUGAGACUCGUUAGUACUAUAUUCAAGGAACAAAAAAAUACAUGACUGAUGAUAACGUAAAUGGGAAUUAUAUGAUUUAUGAUAAUGUUCACAUAUGAUUCUACACACAUACGAAGUGCGUAAAUCUUCAUUGAAAAUAUAACAAGUAUCUGAAUGGUACGAUAAAUAUGACUUACUAGAUUUGUCAUCAAUUCUUUAUAUUUUCUUUUGUUAUCUGUAGACGGCAGUUGUCAACCUCGAAAAUUUUAAAGAAACACACAAAGAAAGUUUUAUUUCUUUGGCCUAAGAUUAUAUUAUAUCAUUAGUAUACUAAUGAAUAGAAAUCCUCAUGUCGGUUGUAACCUUGCUUCUAGAUCUUCGAGGACUGUCAUUAGAUGAUUAAGAGUUUAGAAAAUAUGUAUUUAUUUUUUGUCUAAUGUUGAACAAUUUAUUGUGUUCCAAUUAUGAGUAGUGUAUGAUAAGUUAAGGAAGCUAAAAACUCUUAAUCUAUUCGUCAGUCAAAGAGGAAUGUCUAUUCAUGAGGUUCCCUAGAUUAAAUUCAGAAAGGAUCAGCUUAAGAUAAAGAUUUCAUCAAUAUCUCUUAUAUCAAUUUAUUUUUAUUCGUUUUUUUUCUAAGGAAAUCUCUAAAGUAACGAAGCGAUAAUAUCUGAUAUCUCGCAUUUCGAAGAGAAACCUUCUUUUUUUACUGGUGUUCUACUUUUUAGUUUUGUCUUGUUGCUGAUAUUCGUGGACUUUUUUUUGUACUAGCGAAAAAAUCAGUAUUUUUCAGGAGCACCAUUUACAUAGGAAAAUACUAAAAAAUAGAGAGUAUUUACAGAUUUUUGUUGUUAAAACUGAGUUUUCAUGUAAAAUGAUUAUGACAUUUGGAAUCAGUAUUAAAAAUUAUACUAGAAACUCUUUUUUUCAUUGUAAGAUCUUUUCUAUGAAAAUUUGACCCCUACUCCCCCUCAGCCUUUUAUCCUUCACAUUUUUUCCCCUGAUUCCCUACGGGCUAAAGUUUCAUCGGAAAGAUUUUAUAAUGAAAAAUAGAGUUUCUAGUGUAAUUUUUCAUACUGAUUCCAAAUGUUCUAAUCAUUUUACAUGAAAACUCAGUUUUAACAACAAAAAUCUGCAAAUACUCCCUGUUGGGUGUGGGUGUAGACGAGAAAAGAUCAACACCUACAUCCUGUUACAGUAAAAAUAUAUUAUAUACUAUGUAUAGAUAAGUCCGCUAGUUGAUAUAAAUCCUAAAAAAAAAAUCCUUGUAACCCCUCUUUCACAUAUCAAUUAUUAUUGAAUUAUUUUGUUUGUAUUAUUCGAAUUCUAUGAUUUCUGUUUUAAUAAAUACACUGUUAUAACUUUGAAUUAUUUCUUUGCUUUCAUGUUUAGGCAUUUGAUAAACUUAGAAAAAAUGCAUUGAGCUCAGUUCGAUAUGCUGAAUUUUAUCUUCCCAGCUGUAAUACUGGUUCAAAUGAUUCAAUUCGUUUUGGUAAAAAUCUUGUAUCUUUUCUUGGUACUUAUACUCCAUAUUUGCAAACAUUGUGUCUUUGGCGACCAGACGAUUUUCCUUGGACAUCGCUUCGACCUGAUUUUCGAGUAGGAUAUCGUUAUCAAAUUUUGACUGAUAAAUGGAAAAAAUCUUUAACAACAUCUCAGUCAAUUGUUGAACAUGUUUCCAUAUUUGAAUAUGAUCUUUCUCAAUUAAUUCAACAAUUAAAACAAUUUUCGUUUCUCGAUAUUUAUGGUCAAACUGAUCGUCAAAAAAUCGAACUUUAUCGUUGUAUGGUUCACAAACGUUUUCCUAAUAGUCGACUUAAUAUUCAAACAACAAGAUUUUGUCUUUGGUUUUGA